AUGCUGAGCCUCCUAUGUGUCCUCUCUGCCCUGACAGCCACCGGCCACGCCCUUACUUGUAAAGUCUGUAUGGUUUCCUAUUCCACAUACUGCAAUGGCGAUACCAGCAUGGUCUGCCCGAAAGGACAAGUGUGCGUCUCGGCAUACACCCUGACAACCAUGGGUCAUUCUAAAGUGAGUGAAGAAUUUUCCAGGGGAUGUGCCCCUAAGGACCAGUGUAAUACCCCGGGCAGUAUCAGCAUACCCGGGGGCAAGAUAAAGAGGAACACAUCCUGCUGUUUCACAGAUAACUGCUAUCCGCCAACACCCACAUUGCCUGAAGAUAACUUUGAACCAAAUGGAGUGACCUGUGCCACUUGUGCAAGUUCGUAUUCAGAUUGGUGUUACAAUGACAAAACCAUGAGAUGUACCGGUGACGAAAAUAUGUGUAUUCUGGAAUCUUCACAUCAGUAUGAACCCAUAGAUCAAAUGUUGGCACUACGCGGAUGUGCAACACGAAGUAUAUGCGAUAUUGGAACGCAGGAGAUCUCGUACGGGCACAUUAACAUGACCAUGAAGAUCAAAUGUUCAAGUGCAAGUUCCCCUUUAUACAGCCACCUCGUCCUCUCCUUCACUUUCACUGUUGCUGGGAUCCUAGCUGUCCUAUCCUCCUGGGGAUAG